UUUAGUUUAGGAAAAACAGAAUUUCAUAUCAGCCCUGUGUUUUUAAUAAUAUCAUACAUUCCCAUUUCCAGACAAUAACAGCAAAAGUUUUUUGUGUGAAAGAUGUUGGCUGGAGUUACAUUCAAACAUACCACUGAAGGUUAUCAUGCAUUUGUCUCAUAUUAUAAAUAUGUUUGAUUGUGUUAUUUUGGUUGCUUAGAAUUAGAUCUCCUGGUAUUCCCUUAAACACUUGUCAUUUCUGAAUGACUCCCACUGUAUCUGCUCCUCUGUGUUGGCUGAAAGAUGCAAAUCUGUUUUUUCCUUUUCAUGUCAUCUCAUUUUUUCGUUUUCCCCCUGCAGCUCCCUCGGGCCAUUCCAUGGGAAAAGAAACUUUUCCUGCGGCCCUGGGAGAAAUCCAGCUAUUUUAGGAAAACACGUCACUGCUUUGAGCUGCAGCCCAGAAACUCUCCCUUCUUUCCAUCAUCCAGCUUUUCUUUUUUGCUCUUUACUUGUUGCACAGCGCGGCACUGUUUACCUUCCGUCCGGAGACAUACUUUCAAACUCGCUCUCUUCGCAUUACACAGAAAAGCAGGAAAAGGAGAAUGAAGCUCUCUUUAUGGUUCUUGUUUUUUCAUGCACAGUGCAACAUGCCUGCAGCAGACAGAGCACAGGCAUGACAGAUCUUGCAAGUCGUGCACAACUUGUGGAGCAGCUCAGCAGCGUUCAGAGCUGUUGUGGAAACGUCAGCAAGGUUUCGUCUUGAAACGGCUGCGGCGUGACAUUGCAGAGCCUCUUUUUGUCUCUUUCCCCUUUAUGUAUGUGUCAUUUGUGGAUGAGAGGAUGGGUAGAUGGAGGAAGACAAAACCCUGAGCCACAGGUAUUCCUUUAGGAUCACAUCCGGAACGAAAAACGACGAUUUUUUUUUUGCAUGAAAAUCGCAUGUUUUUGCAUGAAAUUUCUCGCGCUUUCCACGUUUACGCGUAAACAUUUACGCCAUUAAACUGUCUCCAUCCAUAAUUGCAUGUUCAUAUUUGCAAAUAUCACAUCGUAUUUCACCAUAAACAACAACUCAAGUGAUAACCUUGAACCUGUGCCACGCUGGAGACAACAGGUUCAUUACGCACGACACUUUCUGUGCACGCAAAGUCUCCAAUUCCCUGAUAUUUUCUCAUAAAAUCGAUGUUAUUUUGUGCAUGUUUGUUCCUGAAUAGCUGGAUCAGAUUCAUUAGGAGCAUAAUGCGGACAUGUGUGUUUUUAUUUCCCCCUCAGUGAGAGAGCGUGCACACACACGUCAGCUCGGGGAGGGCAAAGCCUGCUUAAAAUGCAGUGAAUGUGACAGCCCCGCCGAUAGUCCAGACUACAGCAGCGCGUGGACGGGAAAGGUGAGCGUGGUGGGGGGGGGCACGAAAAUGCCAGCGGAACCAGCUCACCCGCAGACGUGACGCCGACACACCGACAAAAAAAGAGGGAGACAAGCGGAGACGCUCAGCUGGUUUCCAAAUACGCGCGGGGGUGUCGGAGGGGGAACAGAGAGGACUGAGGUGCGGGAAGCGUCGCCCUUGUCUGGGGGGGAAAAAUGACAGUGGUGCCCGGAGAGAACCUGGAUGAGACUGUGGCACUGGCCGCGCUGUCAGCCCAGGAUGUGUACGACCCGGAGAGAGUGGAGAACCAGGAGUGCUGCGAGCGGGUGGUCAUCAACAUCUCCGGGCUGCGCUUCGAGACGCAGCUGAAGACGCUCGCCCAGUUCCCCUCCACCCUGCUGGGGGACCCCCGCAAGAGGAUGCGCUUCUUCGACCCGCUGAGGAACGAGUAUUUCUUCGACAGGAACAGACCCAGCUUCGAUGCCAUCCUCUACUACUACCAGUCCGGGGGCAGGCUCCGGAGACCCGUCAACGUGCCAGUGGACAUUUUCAUGGAGGAGAUUAAAUUUUACGAACUGGGGGAGGAGGUGAUAGAGAAUUUUAAGGAGGAUGAGGGGUUUAUUAAGGAGGAAGAGCGCCCGCUGCCUGACAACGAGUUCCAGCGCCAGGUUUGGCUCCUGUUCGAGUACCCGGAGAGCUCCGGACCCGCCAGGGGGAUCGCGAUAGUUUCCGUGCUGGUUAUCCUCAUCUCCAUUGUGAUUUUCUGUUUGGAGACUUUACCCGAGUUCAGGGAGGAAGCCAGAACGUUUGACGUGGAGCUGGGGGUGAACGGCACCGCGCGCGCAAAGAAGCCAAACCCGUUCACAGACCCGUUUUUCAUCGUGGAGACGCUCUGCAUCAUCUGGUUCUCCUUCGAGCUGCUGGUCAGGUUCCUCGCCUGCCCGAGCAAACCCGCUUUCUUUAAGAACAUCAUGAACACCAUCGACAUCGUGGCCAUCAUGCCCUACUUCAUCACGCUGGGGCUGGAGCUGGCGGAGCACCAGGGGAACGGACAGCAGGCCAUGUCCCUGGCCAUCCUCAGGGUCAUCCGCCUGGUCCGGGUCUUCCGGAUCUUCAAGCUCUCCAGACACUCCAAGGGGCUCCAGAUCCUCGGGAAGACCCUGCAGGCCAGCAUGAGGGAGCUGGGACUGCUUAUAUUCUUCCUCUUCAUCGGGGUCAUCCUCUUCUCCAGCGCGGUGUACUUCGCGGAGACCGACGACCCGGAGUCGGGCUUCAGCAGCAUCCCGGACGCGUUCUGGUGGGCGGUGGUGUCCAUGACCACGGUGGGCUACGGGGACAUGUGUCCGGUCACGAUCGGGGGUAAAAUCGUCGGCUCGCUGUGCGCCAUCGCCGGCGUGUUGACCAUCGCGCUCCCGGUGCCCGUCAUCGUGUCCAACUUCAACUACUUCUACCACCGGGAGACGGAGCACGAGGAGCAGUUCCAGUACACGCACGUGACCUGCGGCCAGCAGCAGCCGCAGUUUGGAGACUUCAAGAAGAGCGACAGCAAGCCGUCGCUGUCCAAGUCCGACUACCUGGACAGCGACGACGCGGACUCCAUCAAGUACACCAACUGCAGCCCGCACAAAGCCUACACCGGGAAGCUCACCGAUGUUUGAUUUGACCCCAAGUUACGCACUGAGGGGGUCUCCCAGUGCCCCCCAACAUCCUGGACCCUGGUUUGAGUUUAGACCGGCGAGCUCCUUAUUUCUCAUCAAAGGGAUUCAUUUAAACCCCCACAGUGGAUGGAUUAUAAGAUAAUUCACCCCCCCCCGAAACAGUCUUCCAUUACGCGUGUCAUGGGGGGGGGGGGGCGCUUAGAAAUGAUCAGCCUAUAGCCAGUUUUAGCACUUUAUUAUUAUUAUUAAUGUUUCUCUUAGUAAAUGCGUAAUUUAUUGUCCUAAUGAUGCAGGUUUAAAGUUUACAUUUGCUUUUCUGUUUAUCUGAAGCGGAGACACAAACACAGGACCAAUGUCAUCUAAAUUUACAGACUGAUGCAGGAGGCACAUGGUGGCGCGCGCACACACACACACACACACACACCUGUUAUUUCACCCUCAUGUAUUUUCCAUUCAGGCUGGCUGGAGCCCAGUGGGGAUCAGAUGAUGUGCUGCAGGAAUGAAAGAAUCAAUUAUCCUAAAAUUAAACGACUUUGAUGCCAGACUUUAAUUUAACCUCUGUUCUAUAAACAGGCUUCAGUAGCCUACAAGACAAAAGUCAGGGCCCGUGCACCCCGAGGCUGACAUGCAGAUUUUAGUGUUGCAGGCUUCAGGAGUUAAAUCCUCCACAGUGGCCCGUUUGUUAAAGUGUUAUGAAAUCAGGUGCAGCUUUUCCAAACCAAGAGCGCCACCGUGUGGAUGAAAAGGGGCCUUGCGUCUCUUCAGUGGAUGCAGUUUCCAUAGCAACCUUCCAGACUUUUCUGCAUUGUCUGCCACAGGAAUAAAAGGAAGCUGAAGCUGUGGAGACGAGGCUCAGCGAGGCCAGAAAACCACCAUGUUGUGGAAGCCUCCAUGUUGUUUGAUUUCACCGGCUGAAUCUGUCGCGUGACUUUAAACUGUGACAGUAACGAAGAUUAAAUAAAACAUCUUUACAGGUGUUUGACCUGUUGUCCCUGCACCUUAGUCACACAGAGAAUAUGACUCACACUGGGCUGCAACCAGCGAUUAUUCCAGUCAUCUGUUAUUUUAGGCUUAAAAUGUGUCGGAAAUAAUGUCCAUCACAAGUUCCCAGAGCCCAAAGUGAGGUUUUGAAAUUGUAUAUUUUUUCAGCCAGAAAAAAACCCCAAAUGGAUUCGAUAUAAAAAAGCAAAGAAAGCCUCACAUUCAAUAGCUUGUAAAAGAAAAAGAUAAUAUUUUGGAUGUUUGAGAGCUCGACCGAUGCUGAUUUUCGAGGCUGAUUCAUGCCACACAGACACAAAACCAAGCAACAUCUCAGCUCAUAUUAGGUUUUUACAUAAAUCUCCUGAAGCAGGAUAUUUUAGCGUUAACAAUAAAUGUUCUUAAAAAUGACAGUAACAGUAAAUCUGGAAUUAGCAAAAAAUAUAUAAAUAAAAAAAACAACAACAACUAAAUCUUAAGAUGUAAAGAAACGAUCAAAACUAGCCAAUAAGACGUUUAUGUCCUGUCAGCCAUGCAUGGCAGCAAAAAGAGCCUCACUCUUUCAUAAUGGUGUUGAAACUGGGAUUCAUUUUCACAUUUAAGUAUUCAUUCAGUUGCCUUUUAACGUUCAAAUAUUAAACUUUGAAAACCGUCUAACUUUACGUGGUUUGAAUUCCCUGCUUUUUAAAUUUCUAGUAGGAAAUUUCAAGGUUUUUUUUUUUAGGGUCCCCAAAUUCAGAUAGAAAAUUCAAGGGUCCAAUAUUCCAAAAAACAUAUUUAAGUUGCUCAAAUUCAACAAAUGAUUGGAUGUAAAAAUAAAAAAAAUCUCAACUCUCUCAACUUUCAAGCCAAAAUGGAUGAGAAAUUCGUAAAAUGCUUAGAAAAAUGGAAAUUUGAACAUCUGCAAUUCCACGCGAACUUCAUCUGCUGAAGAAGAUCAUGCGAUAUGAUCAAAAGCUACAGAACAGCUACUAAACUGACCUUUUUUUUUCUUUACAUAAGUAAAUGAAGCCCGAAUGGAAUCGAUCUCUCCAAUCAGGUUACAUCCUGUCGGUCACAUGAUCCAAGAAAGAAGUGUAGGAGCGACUGGAAAUACCUGAACCUGAAAUUGCAAACCUUCAACAAGAAAAAUAUAAAAAGAGAAUUCAAACCACAUAAACUCAGAUCGAUAAGUUUUCAAAAUAUUUCACUGCCAUAAAUUCAGUGCCAUUUGAAGCUGCUGAUCAGUCGCUGAUGCAUCAGUCGAGCUCUGACGUUUCAAGUACUUAAAAUGCUAAAUCAGUUUUCAAAAAAAUGCCAACUGAUUAGUCUCAAUCGAUCAAUAUUUUAGCACUUGCCCUGACAUUUGAUCAGUCCUUGUUAGAUUAAGAACUCUAUAAUUACUGCACAGUAAAAACAGGUCACCUGCUGUGUUUGAGGUUUCCAUAAUUUGCUCGUCUGGACUCCAGAGACGAAUCAUUCAACCAAAUCUGAUGGAAAAAAAGGAGUUUUUAACAAACUGAGGGGAUAAAAAUGAUCCCAGCAGACGUUUUCACAGUCAAGGUUACGUGUUCGGCGCCCUGUUGGUUGGAUUAUUAGCUGAUGGAUUGAUGGGUGGAGGCCUGAUGGAGUUUAACUGCUGAAUCAUCAACACACAGACAGACAGAUGGAUGGAUGGACGACUCUUCAGCUCAGACGACCAUCGGAUUCACAACACCGGAGGGCUGGUGACACAGAGAGGGGAAGAACGACGAGCCGCUCCUUCACCCUGCUUUCCCUUCACUGCGCCGUGUCAAACCAAAAGAGUAUGACAUCCCUGCUUCCCCCACGCCUCUUCUUCUUCUUCUUUCUUCCUCCGAUGAAGGUGAAAUAAAACAAACUAUUGAUAAAACACUGACACUCAUAGGAAACACGGAGCUAUGAGACGCCUUUCCAUUACAAGAGGACAUCCUGACUGAUUUUUGCACCGAGCAAAGCCACAGUGGGACUCUGAGGUACGACAAACGUUACUUGAAUCAUCUGCUACAUAUAUUUACAACAUGUCUGCUGGCUAAUGGAGUCCUCAGUAUAUUCAUGAAUAGAUGUUUUUUGGGAGAUUGCUCCACUUGCUGUAGAGAAAACGACCUUGUUGUCCUGUCCGUACGUUGCAUAUCAUAUUCAAACCAAAACAUAUUAUUGCAUGCUUGGAAAGUAGAGCAUGUAAACAGAAGCAAACAAGUGUGACUUUCGUGUUGACGGCUCACCCCAGCACCGUUAAUCUGAAAUAUGGGAACAACAACAACAACAGCUCAUCGGUAGUUUAUUGAAAUAAUUCUGUUCGACUGGUGGAGUUAGUUGCUAAAUCUAUAUUUUUUAAAGUAUCAUACUGUAUAUGUUUUAUAUGGAGAGGAAUUGGUUAACCUGGUGAAUUAUUUUGUAGAUUUUUACCAUUUUUGCUAAUUAUUUUAAUUGUUUUGUUUUAAUUUUUGCCUUGGUAAAAACAAAGCAGCUCCAGAGGGCAGCUCUGAUGGAAAUGUCUGCCUGCCAAAAACACUUUAAAAAAGGAAAAAACUGCCCCUAUAAGAAGAAUCUUUGUGUGGAAAAAAGACAGUUGAAAUGCAUUUAUCGCAGACAUUUGACAUCUGAUUUUCUUUGAAUAAUUUUGAAUGUUUCUGAUUGUGUUUGGGUUUUGAUCAAAAUGCUGUAUAUCUGUUCUAUCGAUAACAUCUACCUCAGUGUCCGCUCAUUAAUGACAGAAGCUUUAACACCUGAAUGACGCUGGUGUCCCUCCGUCAUCAGACCUGGAUUGAGUUUUGAAAUGCCUCUCUAAUUAUCUGGUGCAAUUAAAUAAACCCAAACACUCUAUAAACUGCCAUUUGAUAACUUAGACAAGUCCGGAAAAAUGCUAAAGAUGCUAGAGGAAAUGUAUACGAAACCAUAUUAACUAGGGAUGAAUAUAUAUGAAGCCAAUAUGGCCUUUCAGUUAAACAUCAGAUGUCAUCCAGCCUGAUUACAGCAAAACAUCUUAGAGCCUGAAAUCCUGAUUUUAUUUGCACAUUUUAAUUUAUUUGUGAAAUUGUUCAAAAGUGUGUGUGAGCGAGAGUGACUGAUUUUGAAUUAAUUGUUGAUUUAAGGGCAAUAAUGUACCGCAGAGGUUUCCUACCAUUGAAUAAAUGGAGUGGGUCAGCCUGUCUUAAAAAACUGCUAAACCUAAAACAGUUCAUUAGUUUAAGUUUUAAUGGAAAUGCAAUUUUAUGUCAGCCGUCUAAAAUGCUUUUUCAGAGGUUUUUCCACCCUGACAAGAAUCGGUCCUGGGGGUGAUGUUUAAUCCAUGUAUAUUUCAGGCACAAAAUUAGGGACAUUUGUAGGAAGAAUCUGAAAAUUUGGGAAAUCCUGAUGUUAGCUCUCUUUCCCAGAUUCAGAUGAGAAGAUGGAUAUUAGUUUAAUCUCUGUGGGUCCAGCACAGGGAUAGGUCCAGGGUGUGUUUAGCCUAGCUUAGCACAAAGGCUGGACGCAGGGGGAAACUGAUAGUCUAAAAUACAACUUCCAACAACUCAAAGCUAUCUGGUUUACAUGAUUUUAGGAUCAGAUAGCACUGGAGCUAUUUGUUGACCAACAAUGGCGUAAUAUAAGUUAUAUAAGUCAUAACAUACACUUAUGAAAAUUUGUAAAUUUACAGUACAGAGAUAGGUCCAGGACAUUUCUUGCCUAGCUUAGCACAAAAACUGGAAGUAGGGGAAGCCGCUAUCUGAAGUAGCCACAACACAGCUAGCUAGCUGAUGUUAUUGUGGUUAUGCUGCAUUCACGCAAUUUUGGCAGAAUGGGAAGAACAGGAAAACCUCCUAACUCUAAGGUUGUAUUAGUGUGAAUGUUGUAUUUUACUUGAUAGAAAUACCAGCAGCCAUUUUGACACCAGUAACACUUCUCUAGUUCUCUUCACCUAGUGGGAGAUAUCGUUAUGAUGAUGAUAACUUUGAACAAUACGACAGGAAGACGACACUACAAACUAAAGCUAAAAUAUCUGAUGUUAUGGUAGUUGUUUGUAGCGCUGUUAUACCAGGACGCCUUUAGCCUAGCUUAGCAAAAAGACUGGAAGCAGGGGGAAACUGCUAGCCUAGCUAGAAAAACAAAAUCCACCUUCCGACAACUCUAAAGCUGUCUGAUUUACAUGUUAUAUCUUAUUUAUUGAAUAGGUAAUAGAAAGGUAAAAGUGAGACAUUGUGGUUUUAGAAGUUAGCAUUGGAGCUACUUGUUGACCAACAACCGCUAGCAUCUCAGAAGUCCUCAUGGUGGGGUUGCCUGGUUUUAGCUUAGUCUCAACUCUACAAGCUUCUUAGCUAGCUUGCUCAUUCCUACAACAUGUAGGAAUAAAAAUAUCCUACAGGUCUGGAGUUCUUUUCUUUUUCCAAGUUAAGCUAGCAUUUCCCCCCUGCUUCCAGUCUUUGUGCUAAGCUUGGCUAAACAUGUCCUGGACCUUUCUCUGUACCGCAGAUGAUGGAAACUGAUAUCCAUCUUCUCAUCUGACUCUGGGGAAGAUGACAAACAAAAAUAUUUCCCAAAAUGUUGAACUUAUUGGUACUAGUCUGUAAAAACUUGUAUCCAUCAAACAUCAACUCUGCAGUUUGUCUUGCUGUGAUUCUGCUUUGCUUAGACAUAAAAACAGCCAAGGGUGAUUUUUGUUUGACAGAGGCACUGAUGAGCUGUGACUGGGCAUUAGUUGUGAUGAUUAAUGUAUUCUGCAUACUGUAUGUGCAACAAUAAUAAUACAGUAUUUCCCCUGUGAGUACAGCAAUGUCCUUAUGACUGAAGACUACAGUCAGCCUGGUCAGGUUUCCACAUAUUUAACCAUCACUUGAUAUUUACUACACGUAACAUCCAUCGCUACGUCUUGGAGGACAUUUUCAUGCUUCAUUAUCAACUACAGAGUUCAGUUCAGGCUUGUCACCAAACUGUCUCAUUUUCAUGCAAAAAUAAGAAAAGGCAAUAGUGUGAGUGAUUACUGUGCUCUGGGAACUUCAGUUUGGAAGCAAAGUGCAUUUUGAUUUCUUUUCUUUUUUCAGAUUUUUUAAAUUUCCAGUUAUUGUUGCCAUGUUUAUUUUGACAAUCUUCAAUUGUGAUCUAUUUUUGAUAAAAUAAAUCUUUAAUCCUGAUCAGUUUCAAUCUUCAUGUGUUUCAGACGACUACACAUGCAGAUGUGUCAUUUUCUGUUUCUUGUUGGUUUUUCAUGAGCCAUAGACAGGGUUAGGCUUACAGACCAAGUUUGUUUACUUUGUCUGUUGUUCCCUAAGGUGUAACACCGGCACUAACUAACUCUGGCAGCCCGCCAGCUGUCAGUCAAACACCGACAGCCGGCUUUCUUCCUUUUGAUAAUAAAAGACUAUUAUCAAGAUAUUUUAAAAACACGUUGACAUUAUUUUUGACUACAAGAAGGUACGACUACAUGUGGUUUCAUGUGAAGUUCAGCCUCUAAACGGAAAGCAGUGUGUCAUCAGUGUCAGUCAGCGUCCCAAUUAACCAGAAAUCUCAGUGGUUGGGACAAAAUGUCACCCCCCCCCUAGAUAUAUCUCCUGGUCAUAUUUUGACAUUUCUUUUAUCACUUUCUUCGUUUUUAUUAAUAUACACCUUCUAGGUGUGGCCUUUUGGGCCCGUCAUCACCUUUCUCAGCUGCAGUUUGUACCCCAUGACUACAAAGCCCUCAACCAAAAGGGAGAUGCCACUUCAUCAGUGGGCACCAACAGCAGUGCAACUCGCACUUUGAAGGAAAGAGUGAAACUCAGUCAAAGAGAGGGCAUGUUUUGUGUGCUUCCAUAUGCUGAAGUGUUGUUAGAAGAGAAUAUGGAAAAUACAUUUCCUUAAAACCCUCUUUAUUGAAAUGUAAUGAAAGUAGGUUAAAUCCUAUUUUCCUAUAGUAUUGCUAGUAUCUGCUUGGUUCUCUAUAGUAUAAUGUCUAGAUUAUAAUAACAUUAUAGUAACGUUAUAUUAUAUUAUAUUAUAUUAUUGAUUUUGCCCUUGUUGUGAGAAGGCAUUAACCUUAACAAUCUUUAGACCUAGACAUUUAUUUGGGGGCAUUUGUUGGGACACUGCUGCCAGAAACAGUAAAGAUAUUUAAAUAAAUGCUCAUAUGUUGAUUUACAUGUGACAAUGUGUAACCAUAAAUGCUUCUAAAAAAUCAUUAAAAUAGAAACAGAAAUGAAGAAUGAGGUCACCAAGGGUAAGGAUUGACAGUUAGGUCUUUGUUGUGUCUCCCACUUUUGAAGCCAAACCUCUUGAAUUUCUUGGUUAAACAAAACUGUUCUUUAACAUGCAAACCAUAACAGCAUUCAUGUCUGGAGGGCUGCAGAGUUUGGAAAUGUUUAGUUGUGAUUUAAAUGCUUCAUUGGUUAAAGGUCCAGUAUGUAGGGUUUAGUGGCAUCUAGCAGUGAAAUUGCAGUUUGCUACCAUUUCAAUACUGCUCGCCUCACCCUCCCGUUCCAAGCGUGUAGGAGAAACUACGGUGGCCGCGAGCGGCCAUAUCUAGAGCCAGUGUUUGGAUGUCUGUUCUGGGCUACUCUAGAAACAUGGCGGUGCAACAUGGCGGCCUCCGUGGAAGGGGACCCGCUCCCUCUGUAGAUAUUCUAAGGUAAUGAAAAUGCAGCGAUUCUUAUUUUCAGGUGAUUAUACACUAAUGAAAACAUACUUUCAUUUCUCCCAGUAGCUCCUCCUAAAUGUUACACACUGGACCUUUAAGCUGCAUAUUAACUGCAGAAAGAAAACCAGCAGAUGUCACUUAGAAACAUGCAGUACAUAGUUAUUCAUCAAUAAGCAAUAAUGCAUGAAAAUAUCAUCAGCAAAGGUGAUUUGUCUGGUUGUUCAUGUCUGUGCAUGAAAAGUUAAUAGUGCCUUAAUCAUAACCUGAUUCAGUUAAUAACUCUGUCAAAUGCAUCUGAAGUACCAUAGAAGAAGAAAGUGAAGAAGAAAGUGUAUUUAUAUUAUACUGUAGGGAUGCAAUCGACUGGUUGCACAUAGAAAUAAUGUAUUGUAAAAUAAUGUAUUGAAUGUACAGUAAGUAGUCUUCCUGGUUGGUGUUUAGAGAGGAAACAAAUGUGAAAAAGUGAAAAGAAAUCUCUAUAUCUGUGGAAGCUCAAAGUGGACAAGACUACUGAUUUUGUUUUUAGGCCUGUUAUGUUCUAAAAGAAUAAUUUUGUUUUCUUGUGGUGAAUUUACUUUUUAAAAAAAGUAUUUUUAUUAUUACCCGCGUUAUUAUCCUGUGCCCACAAGGUCCAUAUCUUGUGCGCACAAGAUUCGAAAAUAUAACUUUUCACUUCUUUGGGGAUUCUGUAAUCCAUAAAUUCUGUAAGAAGUUUUAAUAAAUUGUGAGAUUUGUCUGGAUAAUUGUCUGAAAAUUAGAAUUUUGGCACCACAAUCAUGAGAAAAUAAGUUGUGAUCACAGGAAAACGUUUUCCUUGUGAUAUUAAAAUAAGUUGUGAUAUUAGUAUUACAGGCCUAAAAAAAUAAUGUUUGCAAUCAUGUCCACUCUGAGCUUCCGUAGUUGAUUUUUUACUGACAUUCCUCACCUGUCUCACUGUACUUUUUCUUUGGCAGCUGAUGAGAUUGAAACAGUUGACUGUGAUUUCUUUAUCGUGUCUUUACUUUGAGCUUUUUCAUACAAUCUGUUGUUUUUUACUUGAACACAUUUUUCUUAUUUUAGUCUGGGUGCUUAGUACCAAUUAUUGUUGAUAAUUAAAACUAAGUGAAAGUUAAUUAAAGUGAAAGUGAAACUUUUUUCCUGAUCAGGACUACUUUAAAUAAUGUGUUCACGCAAAUCCCCAGCUGAUGUUUAACUUCAUUAUUCAGUAGUUUGACAAAGAAAUCUCAACUCAAGGUCCAUUUACUUGCUUACUUACUUUUUCAGGACUUUCAAAAACAUCUCUUAGUAAUGAAGCUCUGGAAAAAGCUGGUAAGUGGACUUGAGUUUAGAUUUUAAUUAUUAAAAAUGAGUUGAUGCUGUUUCAUAAAAUAAAUAGAUACAGAUUAUGAUGGGCUCAAAAAACUAGCCUGAAACAGAAAAUAUAUUAAAAUAGAAAUAAUAGAAAAUAUAAGAUCAGUUUAAAGAAGUGGAACUAAAAUAAUCUUGGUCAUAACAUUUAACUUUAGUUUUCUUAUUAUUAUGCAAGCUGAAUACACAUGAUCGCACAGAUGACCAUUUAAUUUACUGCUAAAAAAGGUCAAAUCAAAAUAACGUGUCUUUUUAAAGAAUAACCGAAUGUUGUCCUUAAAAAUUUAAACAUUGUUUGAAUUAUCUGAAUCUUUCUGACAUUCUGAAUGACUUUUUGGGAUGGUGUGAAAGUGUGUAACUUACAGAAUGUCAAUAAUAAUGAUAAAUUCCCAUCAGAUAAUAUGUCUUUAAACUGAUAUUUUGUUCACACUUCAGGUAAAACAUCCGUAUCUUUCCUUUCCUUUUCUUUACAAUGCUGUUAAAAUUCAGAGGAGUGAAACACGACUGAGAGAAAGAUUGCAAACAAGACAAAAUAACCAUCAUAGAUCCUUGCCGGCAUGAGUGUAACAAAUGCAAUUUGUCUCCACGUAUUUGAGGUCAGUCCUGUAUUCCUUCACUGAACUGUGUGUUUGUCUCAUGGUGUUUUCCUGCUUCUGCUAACAGCUGAUACAACCGUGACAAAAAAACUUUCUGUCUGCAAAACCUCAACUUGUGUCUUCAGUGUUUAAAAUCUCAAAGAAUAUUUUAUUUUUGUUAACUUGAGUAUCUGUGUGUUUCACUGUAUGGCAGGUAUAAUGUUAAAUAACAAAAAAAGUAAUAUAUGUAUGGCUUGGGAUCGUACAUACUGUAUAUGCACAACAGAGUCAUUCUGAAUACUAGUUGUGACUAAGUUUAAUGCGGCCUUUUCUUUCUCUUUAAUGUACUGCAAUGUUGCAAAUGAUUUGUAUAAUAUUACAUAAUGUAUAUUAAAAUUAACAAGGCUUUAUGUUUCUACCACCUAUGUUUAAUAAAUAAAUGAACUGUGCUCAACUGUA